UAAUGUCAUGGCAUUAUCUGUUCAUUGUUGGAGUUGGCAGAAGGCUCUUUGUUCAGAAUUAAAUAUACAGCAAGUGAGAGCCGGUGGGAUUGCCUUUGUCACUAAACUCCAGCUUUACCAGUGAGAUGUCAUCAUUCAGCCUAUCACAGGCUUACAUAUGGCAUGCUCAGGAGAAGCAUACAUACACAAGGCAAGGCAUUGAAACCCAACAUACAAAUUACUAUAAAUGCAUGCCUUCCCCUGUAUCUAUCUCCACAACAAUAUCAUCAGUCUAUCAAGUACACAGUACAAUUUCAAAACUCCCUAUACUUUCAAAGAGAAAAACUAAGUAAGAAAAAUGAAGGCAGGAGGAGCAGUUGAGGCUACUGAUAAAGAAGCCUCAAAACCAAUCCCAAUCCCAAAAGUAAGGGUGAGCAGAGUGCUCUCUGUUCUAGACUUCACUCUGCGGGUAAUUGCAGCCCUUGGAACAUUGGCAAGUGCAAUAGCUAUGGGAACCAGCCGGGAAACGCUUCCCUUCACCGCGCAGUUUGUUCGAUUCAGGGCUCGUUACAAGGAUCUUCCCACGUUAACGUUUUUUGUGAUUGCAAACUCAAUUGUAUGUGUCUACCUUGUGCUUUCUCUUCCUUUAUCCUUUGUCCAUAUCAUCUGGACUGCAGCCAAAAACAGCAGGAUCGUCUUGAUCAUCUCUGACACGGUGAUGAUGGGGCUUGUAACUGCUGGAGCUUCAGCAGCAGCAGCCAUAGUGUACCUGGCACAUUAUGGCAACUCCAGCACCAACUGGUUUGCAUUUUGCCGGCAAUUCAACAGCUUCUGCGAGCGCAUUUCUGGGUCUCUCAUCGGCUCCUUUGUUGCCAUAACUGUACUCGUACUCCUAAUCAUCAUGCAAUCUGUGGCAAUCUCUCGACGCUGAUGUGUUGAAAGGAACUGCUGGUUGGUAUUAAUGUCAUCUUUUCGUGUGAAUACAGUACAUGGGUUUGUAAGUGUGUGAUAUGAAAAAAUUUGCUCCUAGUACCUUUCAUUUACACAACAUAAAAUGUACGUUCUGUAUAUUUAUUUAAAGCAAAUCUGCAAAAUCUUGUUAACAUUUUUCUUUUGCCAUACUGCAAUGUUGUC